UAGACCUUUUGCUCUUAUCACACAGCUCUCAAGAGAGACGCCAGAGACUUGUGCCACCAUGAUGUCUGCCGAAGGAGAAGAUGAAGCCCCUCUGGAGGCCUAUGAGGAAGGCAAUGUGCCAGAGGACCGAGAACAAUCAGGAGAGGACGCGGUGGAGCCGAACGCGGACGAGGUGAGCAAUACCUUACGACAGCAAGCCGCCGGAGGAUAUGUGGCCGAUCGCCCAGACAUGCGGAAUGCCGAUGAUGACAGCAAGGAGUUUGCAGUGAAGAUCCAAAAGCUUCCUGGGAUGAAGUUGGGCCUGGAGUGUGUUCAGUUCGAAGGGGAGUUGGUGGUCCAAGGCAUUGCCGAAGGCAUGGUCACCGAAGAGUGGAACACCAAGAAUCCCUUCCAGGCCAUCCAGGUGGGUGAUGUGGUCCGCCAAGUGAAUCAGCUAAGAGGUGACUCCAAGAAGAUGCUCUCAGAGUUGAGGAACGCCCUGGUCCUGAGCCUGAAAUUGGAGCAUUGCUCCCGAGAGAUCCCUGACAUCGAGGAGCCGAAGUUCCCGUCCUGGAGGAGGACCGGCGGUGCGCUGCUGCGAUUUCAUCAACGUUUGGAGCUGGAGGCGGCGCUGAUGGAUCAAGCCUGCGCCAUCGCGGCCAUCUCCAGGAGACACGAGCGGGCAGAUUUGGAGCCAAAGGUUUGGGAGGCGGCCUCAGCAUGGAACCUUGAGAGCUUUAUGUUCUUCGAGGAAGUGCCCUUCUUGGCAGCUUUUGGGUACAUGGCAAAGGACAAGACCACUUGGGAAGAGGGGAAGAAGGUGCCCACCUUGACCUUGAAUUUGGACGAGCACUUUGAACAGGCCGGCUGCACGUGGUAUAUCAUCAAGCCCAUCUCCUCAGACCAAUUUGUCAGAUUUUGCAAGAUGGUUACUAGGUGUUCACUAUACAUAGGAUAUAGGAUCUUCCAAGAAGACGGAAACAUGUUCAUCAUGUUUGCCAUGAUCUUCCUGAUGUUUGCCUUGUUUGGAUCGUCCGACUGGGUGGACCGGAUGGCACCGCCUAGGUGCUGUUUGGAAGUGCCUGGAGACAGCGAGGCAGAAAGUCUCACUUGGGAGGCUCCUCGGAGGUUGCACCACUUGAGGAUGGAGUUGCAUGACCGGAUGAAGUACUACAUGGAGGAAGCCUUCUACGCCCGCGUCUUCAACGAGACGCCCUUUGCGAGGCAUAUGGGCCUUCCCGGAACCACGGCUCGACUAAAGGCUUGGCUGACCACGCUUUCGAAUGCCAUCAACAAGCAGGAGGUGCCCCCGAUGGCCGCCGCGAUCACUCUGCUCUUCCUGCACACGCCCUUGCCUUCAGAUGAGCAAGAAGCUCCAGCUCCAUUACCAGAUCCUGUGAAACCGCCCAGGCCGAGUCUGGUGAUGGCCAUCUGAAGUGACAACAAGGAGCGCUAUUAGGGGCGCUCCUGGCCUUACUACUAGGAGCAAGAGGGCGCUACUAGGAGCAAAGGGCAUCGCAUCUCAUGCAUGGCGGCUUUGGCUCACAAGGUUUGAACAAGUCAAAUGAUGGCAGUGCUGAACCAUUCUUCCC